AUGGGAUCCGUGAACAACCCGAAGCGAGUUGUUCUUCGUUUUAGCGUUCAAUACGAGCGUGAGGAAGCGACUAUAAAUGAACAAUUCUUUGCACUGCACGGCCCUGAACCACCAAAUAAAGAUUUCUUUUCUCACUCGAUGGCCCCCAACGAAUCUUCGAAGAUGCACAUCGUUCUGGACAUCUACUGUAACUCACACCCAACUAUUGAUAACAGCAUGAUACCAUACGAAGUCUUUAAAGUAAAAAAGAACGGCAAAUUUAAAUUUGAAAAACUAGACGCUGCUGCAUGCCAACAUGCUCGCAAGCGCUGCGAGUCGAUUGGGAUCAAAUGGGGCACCAACCGAUCUUCAAUCUGA